CAGUUUCCACUGUGCAGAGGAGGUGGUGACCGCGAAAAGCGCCGGCGAGCGACAGUGAAAGCGAAAUAAAGAAAAAUGGAAGAUUUUGAGAAGAAGGUUUCGAUAAAAGACUCAAUGGAGAUUGAAGGAGAAGAAGAAGGCAGCGGCGGCGGGGGCUGCAGCAGUAGUAGUAGUAGCAGUAAGAAUGAAGAAAUUCUCCAAUUGCUUCGCAAAUUCCUUGACAUUCAACAGCGUAGAGCCCAAGCUUACGCCAAGCUUAAAACGGGUUUCUCUGAGUAUAUGAAUUCAGGAGGGGAGUUGGCCUACCAGCAGCUUUGCAGCGAGAUCACAGUAAAGUUCAAAGACUGCUCGAAACAAGUCCUUGAGAUGGAAUCUCUAUUUUUAAGCCCUGAUUACUGCCGAGUUGAUCUAGCUCAGCUGCUCAGAUCCGUUCAAACACAGGAAAAGCAGAAAUUGCAUCUGACUGCUACAAUUCAGGUCUUGAAGAAGGCAGGUCGACCAUCAGAGCGUCUGGUGAGCCAUGAGAAUUGUUUAUUUAAGAAACCAAUGGAGCAUGAAUGUGUGCAUGUCCAUGAGAUAACGGAAGCAUCUGGCACAGAAGAUGCAGAAGCAAAUGCUGAGUAUGAUAAUGCUCUCAAGGAAGCCAUUAGAGGUGUGCAAGAUGCUGUAACUGCCAUUAAUGAACAUUUAGAAGAAGUGAGAUAUGAAAUUGCAGCCCUUGAAGCUGAGUAACUUCCCUAUAACAUUAUUUAAUAGUCAUAUUAUAGUGUCUGGAAGGAUUGCUAGAAUAGGUUUGGGGGUGAAAGUAAGUGUAUGUGCUUUGUGUGGUGAUGAGAGGGUGGGUUCUAGUGUACCCGAAAUUAUCAUAAUUGACGCAUUGGAUUGGUUUGUGAAAUGUAAGUGAGAUUCCAAUUUUAUUCCUUUCAAUACAUAAAUGGUUAGCUUAUAGCCUUACUUUAA